GCUGGACUGACUGGAACGCAACGGGAGUUUGUGCUCGGCUGAGUUUUGGCCAUGAGAGUGAGACAGUCAGUCUAGACGCUCUUGACAGCCUCGUCUGGAGGAGAGACGCGUCCCUCUGCGGCUCAGUCCCCACAACAACGACACAUUCACAAACUUUUCAUAAGAUGAAACCCCAGCGCCCCUGAAGAAGGAUGGUAACCCUGGCACACUGGAUAGGACCGUGCCCAUGGGCAUCAGUGUCACUCAUGUAUCAAGCCUGAGCGGUGGGAUUAAAGAAAAUCAUAGCAGACGACUUGUAAACUUCCAAGCGCUAAAGUGAAAGUUUUAAUCGUUGGCCAUGGCUGCAUUUCCAUGGCUCGGAGGAUAGGGUCUUGUGUUUAACACACAUUUUUACCAAAGUAAGUGUGUAAACUGGUCUUUAAGAUAAGUCAAGCACUUUUGUGGACCGUGGAGGUUGAAGGAGAAACGUACGUCUUGAACCAGAGGAUAAAAAUGGAGGUUGCACAGGCACGCUAUUUCUGCUGGACUGGUUAAAACUGCAGUCAAAGGCAUUACUGCAAGGGCAGUAUGCAGGCUGCUGACUACCCAGCCACAAAUAAUAACACAGAGUGCAAGUUCCGCUGCACCAAUGGCAGAUGUUUGAAACUUCUCUCGCUGAUUUGUAAUCAUCUGAAUGAAUGUGGAGACAACAGUGAUGAGGAACACUGUCCCGCCGCUGUACCUCCUCCUCCAGACACCAUCCAGUCUGAACUGGAGUUUGUUCAGAUAAUAAUCAUAAUUGUGGUGAUGACUGUAAUGGUAGUUGUGAUCAUCUGUUUGCUAAACCACUAUCGUCUGUCGGCCUGGGCCUUCCUCACACGCCACAGCCAGGCACGUCGCAGAGAAGAGGGCAUGCAACCGGAUGGCUGUGCAUGGCCAACAGAUAGUUUGGUGACGCAACAAGGAGCCACUGAGGUGAUGUAUGGGCCACGAGGCGGAGAGCGCUUCAACGCACCGUCAUUUAUGCAAAGGGACCGAUUCAGCCGCUUCCAGCCCACCUACCCGUACCUGCAGCAGGACAUCCACUUGCCACCCACCAUCUGUCUAUCAGAUGGAGAGGAGCUGCCGCCCUACAAGGGCCCCUGUACGCUGCAGCUCAGAGACCCCGAGCAACAGCUCGAGCUUAGCCGCGCGUCCGUGCGCGCGCCCCCCAACCGGACCAUUUUCGACAGCGACCUGAUAGACGUUUACGUGCACGGAGGCGGGCCGCGGCCCCCAAGCAGCAACUCUGGCAAGAGUGCCUCGAACUCGCACGUGGAGGGACCGCCACCCACCUACAGCGAGGUGAUGGGUCAGACGUAUCCGGGCUCCGCCUCCUUUAUGCACCAGCACAGCAAUAACGCACCACCCUCCAAUCAGAGGACAGCCGGCCGCUCCACCCAACCUGGCGCAAGCACAACCCCGUUCGUCAAGGUCAAGGAAGGCCGGCGUGACAAGCCCGUGUGACUAGAAGACUCGGGGCACCCGAUAUGUCGCCCGGUACCGCCUCCUGGAUCUCAAAGGGGUAGUGGCGUGACUGGUGGCACACUCCCCUUGCACAAUUUAAAUAGAAAAUUAAGGAACCAAGCUUACAAAGUUUAUUAUUUUUUUUUACACUUUCGUUUUUGCUAGAACUUUGGGGCCUUGUAUGGAUGUUCGUGCCUCCAUCUUCAGUUUUGUACGCUUUCCUGUAUUUUAAGAAAAGCGCGUCGGCACAGAUCGUUUGCGUGAGAGACCACACCGGUCAUAGGAUUGAGAAAUUUACAGUUUGUUUGUGCAUUUCCAGGACCUGUGCACAACUGAAACCCAAAUCGAGUGCCAUGACGAAAUCUUAAACGUCUUUUACGUUGCACUUAUUCUUUAACCAGUAUAUAUAUAUGGCAACCCUUAGUUAUUUUUUAUAUGCACAGGUAUGCUGUCUUUGACGGUACCUGGAAAUCUUCAUUUCGAUGUUUUUCGUUAAAAUCGUUUUUCGGAGACUCUGAUCCAGCCUAAAACCUCUACGAAGAAACUGCAUCGUGGCACUUAUCUAAAAAAAAAGGGGGUUUAAAAACUGUUUGAAUUCCAGAUCAUUUUCCACUGACCAAGCGAGAGAUAUUGGCACGGAUAUCUGCGGAUGGAAGUAACGCCACAUACGCCGCUUUCAUCCUGUCGAGUAGCACUUUAAACUUACGUCACUUCAGCAUUGUCAUGGGGUCCAAGUGCAAGGGAAUCAUGGGAACUCUAGUCUUAUGCACAUCCUCUUUUGAAUGAGCGUGUCAUAUCUCAUGCUAUAUGUUUACCAUUUUCAUCUAAAAAGCAUGCAUAUAGUUUUCCAGUUAUCCAUAAUAUACUUUAGUUGACAAUCAUAUACAGAUGUCAUAUUUUAUCUCUUAUUCUCCUUUGCCAUUUUAUUCCAUGGCACAGGAACACAGUUUUUUUUUUUUGUUAGUUUAUCCAUCACCAGUAUUUAUUCUUUGCUCAUUUCCAAAUGUCCACCCUGUAUGCGCCGAUUUUGGUUUCGAUCAUUACACAUUUCAGGCACGCUGAUUUUCAUUCAUCCAAAAAGUCCCAUAGAAAACCUAUCAGGGCUGAGGCUAUUUAUUUAUCAACUAGCUAUUUAUUAAAGUUAUCACCACCCUCCUUUAAAAUGCAAGAACGUUACAUGUUUCAAACAUUAUUGAAAAUGUCAUCCUGCUUUGGCUUUGAAACGGGCUCUUGUCAUUGGCUCUGCUUCCCAUCACUCAUUUGAGUUUGUACUGUACUGCUGCUGCUGCUGCUGCUACGCGCUGCUAUUUCUGCUGCUGCUGCUGUUUGUUUUUUCUGUAUGUUUGCUUCUCCUUUAUAUUUGCUUACAAACCGUGACAUAAUAAUUUUUUUGUUUUUUUUUAGUUUGUUAACAAUCGUAACUUUCUGCUGUCAUAUUCACACUAGGAAUCCAAAUGUAUUAUUAUUAUUAUUUCCGUUGGCAGCAUGUUUUUUCUUUACACGAGCAAAUUCGGUGCCUGACGGUGAUGUUUAAGCAGACAUAGAAACCCACUUGCACUCAAAAGUCCCCACCUUUGUUGUGCCUCACUUCCUAUGGUGCUUCUUUCAGUAGUCGAACUCUGUUUAUUUGUACGGUGCUGUAUAUAACUUGAAUAUAUUAUGCACAUAUCCUACCCAAUGGGUAGACAACCACAAGAAAGCAUUGUUAAUACUGUAAUAUAAUGUAUAGAUAAUAUUAAAAAGAGAAAUUUAACAAGGUGGCAUCGAGUUUUGUGAAUGCCUUCAAUUGUGCUUUGUCUUUUUUGUAAAACAGAGUAAAGUUUGCAAAGAGAAAUGCUACAGUAUGGCCAUAUAAAUACGAAAAUACUUCUUCUAUUUUUUUCCUAUACAGUAAAUGCAAAUCUGUUAUGUGAUGAAACACGAAUAUUCUGGGUUAUAUACAGGAUAACUAGCUGCUGCUUUUGUAGCUUCCAGAGAACGGAUUAUAAACGCCAGCGCUUGUCGUUUUAUUUAUUUGAUUUUGUGACUGCUAGCUCUUUGGACUUGUAAUAAUAAUAACCACGCUCAGUCGAUCGCCAGAAAUAACCUGACAUAACAUAAUUGUAUCGUAGUUAACGAAAAUAAACACAGAAGGUUUACUUGAGUGAAAGCCGCUCGGGUUGAGGCUGUAUUGUGUUGGUUUUAUACCUGACAACCAUGGGAUGCAUUUUGGAUAACAUUUUAUACACAGUCAAGUGUGUGGGAUGCACACGAGGAAAUCCAGCCCAUAGCUGAUUGUUACUGCAUGUUCAUUUUGUUGUUUUUCUCGGCAUGGCGGUCUCGGCACCGAAAGGUUCCUCUCCAGAAACACGCUGUGUGUUCACUGUACGUGCUUGAACGAAUAAACGAGUGAAUGACUGAUAAA